CUCCCCCGGCCUCUGGUAUCUUCGCCUCAGCAACUCUAACGCUACUGGAAGCAGAACUGAGGAGAGGCGGCGGCAAGAUGGCGGCGUCGGGGGGCGUCGGCGGCGGGCCCGGGUCUUCGGAGCGGGAUCCCGGCUGGGAGGUGGCGGUGCGGCCGCUGCUGUCGGCCUCCUACUCGGCCUUCGAGAUGCGCGAGCUGCCGCAGCUACUGGCCUCCGUCAUUGAGAGCGAGUCGGAAAUUCUGCACCACGACAAGCAAUACGAGCCUUUCUACUCAUCCUUUGUUGCCCUUGCAACGCACUACAUCACCACGGUGUGUGGAGUGGUACCUCGGAACCAGCUGCAGUCUGUAGCAGCUGCCUGCAAAGUACUGAUUGAAUUCUCCCUGUUGCGACUUGAAAACCCAGACGAGGCUUGCGCUGUCUCACAGAAACACCUGAUCCUGCUGAUCAAGGGGUUGUGCACCGGUUGCAGCCGCUUGGAUCGGACAGAGAUCAUCACUUUCACAGCGAUGAUGAAGUCGGCCAAGCUGCCUCAGACAGUGAAGACCCUCUCAGACGUGGAGGAUCAGAAACAGCUGGCUUCUCCUGUCAGGCCUGAACUGCGCCAGAAGGAGGUUCAGAUGAACUUCCUCAAUCAGCUGACCUCGGUCUUCAAUCCCAAAAUGGCCCUGGCACCAAUGACGACGCUGCAGGCUCAGGGGGAAGGCGAAGGCGAAGAGCAGGCCGUCACAGACCAAUCCUCCACAGCCAAAACCAAGAGUAUAUUUGUUGCCCAGAAUGUGGCCAGCUUGCAAGAACUCGGCGGUUCUGAAAAGCUGCUACGCGUCUGCUUGAAUCUCCCGUACUUCCUGCGCUAUAUUAACCGCUUCCAGGAUGCCGUGUCGGCCAAUUCCUUCUUCAUCAUGCCGGCUACUGUUGCCGACGCCACAGCAGUCCGCAACGGGUUCCAUUCCUUGGUGAUUGACGUCACCAUGGCCCUGGACACGCUCUCCCUCCCUGUCCUGGAACCUCUGACACCCUCCCGCCUGCAGGACGUGACCGUUCUGGCCCUCAGCUGCCUCUAUGCAGGGGUCAGCGUGGCCACCUGCAUGGCCAUCCUACACGUGGGCACCACCCAGCAAGUCCGCACGGGCUCCACGAGCUCCAAAGAAGAGGACUACGAAAACGAUGCCGCCAUCAUUGUACAGAAAUGCUUAGAAAUCUACGACAUGAUCGGCCAAGCCAUCAGCAGUUCCCGCCGUGCAGGUGGGGAGCACUACCAGAACUUCCAGCUACUCGGGGCCUGGUGUCUGCUGAACAGCUUAUUCCUCAUCUUGAACCUCAGCCCGACCACCCUGGCCGACAAAGGGAAAGAGAAGGACCCCCUGGCAGCCCUUCGGGUCCGGGAUAUUAUUGUGCGGUCCAAAGAGGGUGUCGGAUCUCCCAAACUUGGACCUGGCAAAGGGCACCAAGGAUUUGGCAUCCUCUCCGUCGUCCUGGCCAAUCACGCCAUUAAGCUCCUCACUUUGCUCUUUCAAGACCUCCAUGUGGAGGCCCUUCACAAGGGGUGGGACACGGAUGGCCCUCCGGCCGCCCUGAAUAUCAUGGCCCAGAGUACGUCGAUCCAGAGGAUCCAACGCUUGAUCGAGUCGGUGCCUCUCGCCAACCUGCUGCUGACCUUGCUGUCCACAGCGUAUCGGAAGGCUUGCGUCUUGCAGAGACAACGAAAGGGGUCCAUGAGCAGCAACGUCAGCGCCUCCACGGACUCCAACACCUACUACGAAGACGACUUCAGCAGCACGGAAGACAGCAGCCAAGACGAUGACAGCGAGCCGAUCCUUGGGCAGUGGUUCGAAGAGACCAUCUCCCCCAGCAAGGAGAAAGUGGCCCCUCCUCCCCCUCCUCCCCCACCCCCUCUGGAGAGCUCCCCCCGGGUGAAGAGCCCCAACAAGCAGUCGGCAGGAGAAAACGGGAACAUCCUGGCCAGUCGCAAAGACCCGGAAUUGUUCUUAAAUCUGGCCUCCAACAUCCUCAACUUCCUAACUUCCUCCAUGCUGGACUCGAAGAACAAUUUCAUUCGCAACUACCUGAGCGUGUCUCUGACGGAGCAGCACAUGGCCACCCUGGCCAGCAUCAUCAAAGAAGUGGACAAGGAUGGGCUCAAAGGGACCUCCGAAGAGGAAGAGUUUGCGGCUGCGCUGUACCAUUUCAACCAUUCCUUGGUGACCUCUGAUCUCCAGUCUCCGACCUUGCAGAAUAUUCUCCUGCAACAGCUGGGGGUGUCUCCUUUCUCCGAAGGGCCGUGGCCUCUCUACAUCCACCCCCAGAGCUUGUCCGUGCUCUCCCGUUUUCUCCUCAUCUGGCAGCAUAAAGCCAGCACCCAGAUGGACCCGGAUGUCCCAGAGUGUCUGAAUGUGUGGGAGAGGUUUGUGGGCACUUUGAAGCAAAACGCCCUGCAGGGGGUUCUUCCCGGCGACGCAGAGGACCUCAACGUGGAGCACCUCCAGCUCCUGCUGCUCAUCUUCCACAGCUUCUCCGAAAAAGGCCGGCGGUCCAUCCUGACCCUCUGCGUCCAGACCAUCCUGGACGUGACAGCCAACCUGGACUCUCAGCUCCGAUGCGUCCCUCUCCUGCUCGCCCGCCUUCUCUUGGUCUUCGACUACCUGCUUCACCAAUACUCAAAGGCUCCCGUGUAUUUAUUUGAGCAGGUCCAGUACAACCUCUUAACUCCCCCCAUCGUUUGGGCCGGCGUGAGCCAGGAGGGCAGCCGACCGACCUGUUCCCCACUUUAUCACGGCUUCAAGGAAGUGGAAGAAAACUGGGCCAAGCACUGUCCCUCUGACGCUGCCCCCCAGCCACGCUUCUACUGCAUUCUCUCCCCGGAAGCAUCUGAAGAUGACUUGAAUCGCCUCGAUAGCACGGUGUGCGAAGUCUUGUUCUCCAAGGCCAUGAAAUACGACGAGCUCUACUGCGCCCUGGCUUCGCUGCUGGCUGCCGGCUCCCAGUUUGACACCCUCCGGCGGAAGGAGAACAAAAGCGUCACCGCCUUGGAGGCCUGCGCGCUUCAGUAUUACUUCCUGAUUCUUUGGCGGGUCUUGGGCCUCCUUCCCCCGUCCAAGAGCUACAUGAAUCAGCUGGCCAUGAACAGCCCGGAGAUGCGGGAAUGCGACAUCCUCCACACCCUGCGCUGGUCUUCCCGCCUCCACAUCUCCUCCUAUGUCAACUGGAUCAAGGACCACCUCAUCAAACAAGGGAUGAAAACUGAGCACGCCUCUUCCCUGGUCGAGCUGACUUCGGCCAAAUGCAGCUCCGUCAAGUACGACGUGGAGAUCGCAGAGGAAUAUUUCGCCAGACAGAUCUCCUCUUUCUGCGGGGUCGACUGCACCACCAUCCUUCAGCUGCACGAGAUCCCCAGCUUGCAGUCCAUCUAUACCUUGGACGCGGCCAUUUCCAAAGUCCAGGUCUCGCUGGACGAGCACUUCUCCAAGCUGGCUGCCGAAACCGACCCCCACAAAUCCUCGGAGAUCACCAAGAACCUGCUGCCAGCCGCCCUGCAGCUGAUCGAUACCUACGCCACCUUCACCAGAUCUUACCUGCUUCAGAGCCUUUCCGAGGACAGCUCGGCAGAGAACAAACCCACCGAAGAGAAGCUGCAAGGAUACGCUGCCGUGCUGGCCAUUGGCUCCAGUCGCUGCAAAUCCAAUACUCUGGGGCCGGUUCUGAUCCAGAAUUUGCCGUCCGCCGUCCAGUCGCUAUGCGAAUCCUGGAACAGCAUUCAUACCAACGAGUUCCCCAACAUUGGGUCUUGGCGCAACGCCUUUGCCAACGACACAAUCCCGGCCGAGAGCUACAUCAGCGCCGUUCAGGCCGCCCACCUGGGCACCCUGUGCAGUCAGAGCCUUCCCUUGGCGGCCUCGUUGAAGCACACCCUCCUCUCCUUGGUCAGACUCACCGGAGACCUUGUGGUCUGGUCCGAUGACCUGAACCCGCCCCAGGUGAUCCGCACACUGCUGCCUCUCCUUCUGGAGACCAGCACAGAGAGCGUGGCCGAGAUGAGCAGCAAUUCCCUGGAGAGGAUCCUGGGCCCGGCAGAGUCGGACGAGUUCCUCUCGCGGGUCUACGAGAAGCUGAUCAUGGGCUGCUACAACAUUCUGGCCAAUCACUCCGACCCGAACAGCGGCCUCGACGAAGCCAUCUUGGAGGAAUGUCUGCAACAUCUGGAGAAACAGCUGGAGAGCAGCCAGGCCCGGAAAGCCAUGGAGGAUUUUUUUGCGGAGAGUGGAGAGCUGGUCCAGAUCAUGAUGGCAACCGCCAACGAGAACCUCUCGGCCAAAUUCUGCAACCGGGUUCUGAAAUUCUUCACCAAGCUCUUCCAGCUAACCGAGAAGAGCCCAAACCCCAGCCUUCUGCGCUUGUGUGGCUCCUUGGCCCAGCUGGCGUGCGUGGAGCCUGCACGCCUCCAGGCGUGGUUGACCCGUAUGACCACCUCUCCCCCCAAGGAGUCUGACCAGCUGGAGAUGGUGCAGGAAAACCGACAACUGCUCCAACUCCUGACCACCUACAUCGUGCGGGAGAACAGCCAAGUCGGCGAGGGAGCCUGCACUGUCCUCCUGAGUACCCUGAUUCCCAUGGCUACCGAGAUGUUGGCAAAUGGAGACGGGACCGGCUUUCCAGAGCUUAUGGUGGUCAUGGCGACCCUUGCCGGAGCCGGACAAGGAGCUGGUCACCUCCAGCUGCACAGUGCAGCGCUGGACUGGCUGGGGAGAUGCAAGAAAUAUUUGUCUCAGAAGAAUGUGAUUGAGAAAAUGAACGCCAGCGUCAUGCACGGGAAGCACGUGACUAUCCUGGAGUGCACCUGUCACAUUGUCUCCUACCUGGCCGACGUCACCAAUGCCCUGAGCCAGAGCAACAGCCAAGGCACCAGCCACCUCUCGGUUGACGGAGAAGAGCGGGCCAUCGAAGUGGACUCCGACUGGGUGGAGGAACUGGCCGCGGAGGAGGAGGACUCACAGGCUGAAGACUCGGACGAAGACUCUCUCUGCAACAAACUUUGUACCUUUACCAUCACGCAGAAGGAAUUCAUGAAUCAGCACUGGUAUCACUGCCACACCUGCAAAAUGGUGGAUGGUGUCGGCGUGUGCACCGUCUGCGCCAAGGUUUGCCACAAGGACCACGAGAUUUCGUAUGCGAAAUACGGAUCGUUCUUUUGUGACUGCGGAGCCAAGGAGGAUGGCAGCUGCCUGGCCCUGGUGAAGAGGACUCCCAGCAGCGGCAUGAGCUCCACCAUGAAGGAGUCGGCCUUCCAGAGCGAGCCUCGCGUCUCGGAGAGCGUCCGCCAUUCCAGCACCUCGCCCACCGACAAGUCCAAGUCCUCCACCAGCGAUGGCCGAGGGAGCGACGAAGACAAGCCCAAGAAGAGCAGCCUCUGCAGGAACGUAGAAGGUUGUCGGGAGCAGUUGCAGGCCCAGGCCAACUUCUCCUUCGCCUCUUUGGUCCUCGACCUGCUCAACUUCCUGAUGGAGGCCAUCCAGAUCAACUUCCAGCAAGCCUCGGCGAUGGGCAGCAGCAGCCGCGCCCAGCAGGCGUUGAACCAGCUGCACACCUUGGACAAGACGGUGGAAAUGACCGACCAGUUGAUGGUGCCGACUCUGGGCUCUCAGGAAGGCGCCUUUGAGAACGUCCGGAUGAACUACAGCGGAGACCAAGGCCAGACCAUCCGGCAGCUGAUCAGCGCCCACGUCCUGCGGCGGGUGGCCAUGUGCGUGCUUUCCUCGCCUCACGGACGGCGCCAGCACCUGGCAGUCAGCCACGAGAAGGGCAAGAUCACCGUGCUGCAGCUCUCUGCGCUGCUGAAGCAAGCUGAUUCCAGCAAGAGGAAGUUGACGCUGACCCGCCUGGCCUCCGCACCCGUCCCCUUCACGGUCCUGAGCUUGACCGGGAAUCCCUGCAAGGAGGACUAUCUGGCUGUUUGUGGCUUGAAGGACUGCCACGUCCUCACAUUCAGCAGUUCGGGCUCCGUCUCGGAUCACUUGGUGCUCCACCCUCAGCUUGCCACGGGCAAUUUCAUCAUCAAGGCAGUCUGGCUUCCGGGAUCCCAGACGGAACUGGCCAUCGUCACUGCCGACUUUGUCAAGAUCUACGACCUCUCGGUGGACGCCUUGAGCCCCACUUUCUACUUCCUGCUGCCCAGCUCCAAAAUCCGGGACAUCACUUUCCUCUUCAAUGAAGAGAGCAAGAACAUUGUGGUCAUCAUGUCCUCUGCGGGCUACAUCUAUCUGCAACUCAUGGAGGAGGCCAGCAGCGCCCAGCACGGCCCUUUCUACGUCACCAACGUCCUCGAAGUCAACCACGAGGACCUGAAGGACAGCAAUGGCCAGGUGGCCGGGGGCGGAGUGUCCGUCUACUACUCCCACGUCCUGCAGAUGCUUUUCUUCAGCUACAGCCAAGGGAAGUCCUUUGCGGCCACCAUCAGCCGAGCUACCUUGGAGGUAUUACACCUCUUUCCCAUCAACAUCAAAAGCUCUAACGGGGGCAGCAAGACCUCCCCGGCCCUUUGCCAGUGGUCAGAGGUCAUGAACCACCCCGGCCUCUUGUGCUGCGUGCAACAGACCACCGGCAUUCCUCUCGUCAUGAUGGUGAAGCCCGACACUUUCCUGAUCCAAGAGAUCAAGACCUUACCGGCGAAAGCCAAGAUCCAAGACAUGGUAGCCAUCCGUCACACGGCCUGCAACGAGCAGCAGCGGACGACCAUGAUCCUCCUCUGCGAGGACGGCAGCCUGCGGAUCUACAUGGCCAACGUGGAGAACACCUCCCACUGGCUCCAGCCCGCCCUGCAGCCCAGCAGCGUGGUCAGCAUCAUGAAGCCCGUCCGCAAGCGCAAAGCGGCAGCCAUCCCCACCCGCAGCUCCACCCAGGUGAACUUCCCCAUCGACUUCUUUGAACACAACCAGCAGCUGACAGACGUGGAGUUCGGGGGCAACGACCUCCUGCAGGUCUACAAUGCCCAGCAGAUCAAGCACCGUCUCAACUCCACCGGCAUGUACGUGGCCAACACCAAGCCCGGGGGCUUCACCCUCGAGGUGACCAACAACAACAGCACCAUGGUGAUGACUGGCAUGAGGGUCCAGAUCGGGACACAAGCCAUCGAGAGAGCUCCUUCCUACCUGGAAGUCUUCGGCCGCACCUUGCAGCUCAACCUCAGCCGCCCCCGGUGGUUCGAUUUCCCCUUUACUCGUGAGGAAGCCCUGCAGGCCGACAAGAAGCUGACCAUUUUCAUCGGGGCCUCUGUGGACCCCGCCGGAGUCACCAUGCUGGACGCCGUCAAGAUCUACGGCAAGACCAAGGAGCAGUUUGGUUGGCCGGACGAACCCCCGGAGGACUUCCCGACGGCAUCCGUGAGCAGUGUCUGCCCCCCAAACCUGAAUCAAGGGAACGGGGCCGGAGAUACGGAAUCGGCGACCCCUGCAGCCGUGGGCGGCACCGUCUUGGAGAGGCUAGUAGUGAGUUCUUUAGAAGCCCUGGAAAGUUGGUUUGCCGUCGGACCAGUCAACGAGAAGGAGAAGACCAAGGCUGCCACUCAGGAGUUGGCCACCAUGCUGCUGUCUACACCGGCCCCUUCCAGCGUCCAGCAGCAGACCAAGAGCCUGCUGGCCAGCCUCCAUGCCAGCCGCUCAGCUUACCACAACCACAAGGAUCAGGCCCUGUUGAGCAAAGCCAUCCAGUACCUCACCACCUCGAACAAAGAAGGGAAGGAUCUGGAACCGGAGGUCUUUCAGAGAUUGGUCAUCACGGCCCGCUCCAUCGCCAUCAUGCGGCCGAAUAACCUGGUCCAUUUCACGGAGUCGAAGUUUCCGUCUCUGGAAACAGAAAGCAUCGAAGAAGGUCAGGAGGCUGCGAAGGCCCCGGAAGGAGAAGGGUGCAGUUUUAUCACCCAACUGGUCAACCAUUUCUGGAAACUUCACGCCUCCAAACCCAAGAACGCCUUCCUGGCGCCUGCAUGCUUGCCAGGGCUGACCCACGUCGAGGCCACCGUCAACGCCCUCAUAGACAUCCUCCACGGAUAUUGCAUCUGCGAGCUGGACUGCAUCAAUGUCGCCUCCAAAAUCUACAUGCAGAUGUUGCUGUGCCCGGAUCCGGCUGUGAGUUUCUCGUGCAAGCAAGCGCUGAUCCGGGUGCUGAGGCCCAGGAACAAGAGGAGACACGUGACCUUGCCUUCUUCUCCUCGAAGCAACACCCCCAUGGGCGACAAAGACGAUUAUGACGACGACGAUGCUGAUGACAAGAUGCAGACCCCCGGCCUGCCCAGCGGGGAGGACAUUCGGCAGGAGAGCCAGGAGCAAAAUGAGGUGGACCAUGGAGACUUUGAGAUGGUGUCUGAAUCGAUGGUCCUGGAAACUGCCGACAACGUGAACAACGGGAACCCGUCUCCCCUGGAGGCUCUCCUGGCUGGGGCCGAGGGCUUCCCCCCCAUGCUGGACAUCCCCCCCGAUGCCGACGACGAAACCAUGGUCGAGCUGGCCAUUGCCUUGAGCCUGCAACAGGACCAGCAGGGCAGCAGCAGCAGCGCUCUCGGCUUACAGAGCCUGGGGCUGUCUGGACAGGCCCCCAGCUCUUCCUCUCUGGAUGCCGGGACUCUGUCAGAUACCACUGCAUCAGCUCCAGCCUCCGACGACGAAGGCAGCACGGCUGCGACCGACGGCUCCACGCUCCGCACCUCCCCAGCCGACCACGGGGGCAGCGUGGGCUCUGAGAGCGGGGGCAGCGCAGUGGACUCCGUGGCAGGCGAGCACAGUGUGUCCGGCCGAAGCAGCGCCUACGGAGACACGACGGCUGAGGGCCAUCCGGCAGGGCCUGGGAGCAUCAGCUCCAGCACGGGGGCCAUCAGCACCGCCACGGGGCAGCCGGAGGGUGAAGGCUCUGAAGGCGAGGGCGAAGGCGAAGGGGACGUCCACGCCAGCAACAGGUUGCACAUGGUCAGGCUAAUGCUGCUGGAACGGCUACUGCAGACCCUUCCUCAGCUGAGGAACGUUGGCGGGGUCCGGGCCAUCCCCUACAUGCAGGUGAUCCUGAUGCUGACCACUGACCUUGAUGGCGAUGAAGAAAAAGACAAAGGGGCACUGGAUAACCUUCUCGCCCAGUUGAUUGCUGAGCUCUGCAUGGAGAAGAAGGACGUGUCCAAGAAAAAUGAACGCUCUCCCCUCAACGAAGUCCACCUGGUUAUCAUGAGGCUCUUGAGUGUCUUCAUGUCCCGGACAAAAUCUGGAUCAAAAUCUUCCAUUUGUGAGUCGUCCUCCCUGAUUUCGAGUGCCACCGCGGCGGCUUUGCUGAGCUCCGGAGCCGUGGACUAUUGCCUUCACGUCCUGAAGUCCCUGUUGGACUACUGGAAGAACCAGCAGAACGACGAGGAGCCUGUGCCCGCCAGCCAGCUCCUGAAGCCCCACACCACCACCUCUCCUCCCGACAUGAGUCCUUUCUUUCUGCGACAGUAUGUCAAGGGUCACGCGGCCGACGUCUUCGAGGCCUACACUCAGCUUCUGACAGAGAUGGUCCUGCGGCUGCCCUAUCAGAUCAAAAAGAUCGCCGACACCAACUCCCGCAUUCCGCCCCCCGUCUUCGAUCAUUCGUGGUUCUACUUCUUGUCCGAGUACCUGAUGAUCCAGCAGACCCCCUACGUGCGGCGUCAGGUGCGCAAACUCCUCCUCUUCAUCUGCGGCUCCAAGGAGAAGUACCGCCAGCUGCGGGACCUGCACACCCUCGAUUCCCACGUCCGGGGGAUCAAGAAGCUGCUGGAGGAGCAAGGCAUUUUCCUGAGGGCCAGCGUGGUCAUCGCCAGCUCCGGCUCCGCCCUGCAGUACGACACCCUUAUCAGUUUGAUGGAGCACCUGAAGGCCUGUGCCGAAAUUGCCACCCAGCGCACGGUCAACUGGCAAAAAUUCUGCAUCAAAGACGAUUCCGUCCUCUAUUUCCUCCUGCAAGUCAGCUUCCUGGUCGAUGAGGGUGUCUCACCGGUCCUCCUCCAGCUACUCUCCUGCGCCCUCUGUGGCAGCAAGGUUCUCUCUGGGUCGGCUUCGGCCGGGUCUUCAGGCACUUCAGCCCCCGGAGGGUCCAGCUCAGGCCAGCCAUCCGGGCAGAGCAAAUCCUCCACCAAGAAGAGCAAGAAGGAAGACAAGGAGAAGGAGCGAGAGGGAGACGGCUCCUCGGGCAGCCAGGAAGACCAGCUCUGCACCGCUCUGGUGAACCAGCUGAACAAAUUUGCCGACAAAGAGACGCUGAUUCAGUUCCUGCGCUGCUUCCUGCUGGAAUCCAACUCAUCGUCCGUGCGUUGGCAGGCUCACUGUCUCACUCUGCACAUCUACCGGAACUCCAACAAGUCCCAGCAAGAGCUGCUGCUGGACCUGAUGUGGUCGAUCUGGCCAGAGCUGCCGGCUUACGGGCGGAAGGCAGCCCAGUUUGUGGACCUCCUGGGCUACUUCUCUCUGAAAACCCAACAGACGGAGAAAAAGUUCAAGGAAUACUCCCAGAAGGCUGUGGAGAUCCUCAGGAUGCAGAACCACAUCCUCACCAAUCACCCCAACUCCAACAUCUACAACACCCUCUCCGGCCUGGUGGAGUUUGACGGCUACUACUUAGAGAGCGACCCCUGUCUCGUUUGCAACAACCCGGAAGUGCCUUUCUGCUACAUCAAGCUGUCCUCCAUCAAGGUGGACACCCGUUACACAACCACCCAGCAAGUGGUCAAGCUCAUCGGCAGCCACACCAUCAGCAAAGUGACGGUCAAGAUUGGAGACCUGAAGCGCACCAAGAUGGUCCGGACCAUCAACCUCUACUACAACAACCGGACCGUGCAGGCCAUCGUGGAGCUGAAGAACAAGCCGGCCCGCUGGCACAAAGCCAAGAAGGUCCAGCUGACCCCCGGCCAGACGGAAGUGAAGAUCGACCUUCCCCUGCCCAUCGUGGCCUCCAAUCUGAUGAUCGAAUUUGCCGACUUCUACGAGAACUACCAGGCCUCCACGGAAACCUUGCAGUGCCCCCGAUGCAGCGCCUCGGUCCCCGCCAACCCCGGAGUCUGCGGAAACUGUGGGGAGAACGUCUACCAGUGCCACAAGUGCCGGUCGAUCAACUACGAUGAGAAGGACCCCUUUCUCUGCAACGCCUGCGGCUUCUGCAAAUACGCCCGCUUUGAUUUCAUGCUGUUCGCCAAACCGUGCUGCGCCGUGGACCCCAUCGAGAACGAAGAGGACCGGAAGAAGGCCGUGACCAACAUCAACACCCUCCUGGACAAGGCCGACCGGGUCUACCACCAGCUGAUGGGCCACCGACCUCAGUUGGAGAACCUGCUCUGCAAAGUGAACGAGGCGGCGCCCGAAAAGCCACAGGAUGACUCCGGGGGCAGUGGAGGCCUCAGCUCCACCUCAGCCAGCGUGAACAGGUACAUCUUACAGCUGGCGCAGGAGUACUGUGGCGACUGCAAGAACUCCUUUGACGAGCUCUCCAAGAUCAUCCAGAAAGUGUUUGCCUCCCGGAAGGAGCUCCUGGAGUACGACCUCCAGCAGAGAGAGGCCGCCAGCAAGUCCUCCCGCUCGGCUGUCCAGCCCACCUUCACCGCCAGCCAGUACCGCGCCCUCUCGGUCUUGGGUUGCGGCCACACCUCCUCCACCAAAUGCUACGGCUGUGCCUCAGCCGUCACCGAGCACUGCAUCACGCUGCUCCGCGCCUUGGCCACCAACGCCGCCAUCCGCCACAUCCUGGUCUCCCAGGGCCUCAUCCGCGAGCUCUUCGACUACAACCUGCGCCGAGGGGCUGCCAGCAUGAGGGAGGACGUCCGCCAGCUCAUGUGCCUCCUCACUAGAGACAACCCAGAAGCCACACAGCAGAUGAACGACCUCAUCAUCAGCAAAGUGUCCGCAGCUCUGAAGGGCCAUUGGGCCAAUCCUGAUCUGGCCAGCAGCCUUCAGUACGAGAUGCUGCUGCUGACGGACUCCAUCUCCAAAGAGGACAGUUGCUGGGAAUUGCGCCUGCGUUGCGCCCUCAGCCUCUUCCUCAUGGCCGUGAACAUCAAGACGCCGGUGGUGGUGGAAAACAUCACCCUGAUGUGUCUACGGAUCCUUCAGAAGCUGAUCAAGCCCCCGGCGCCCACCAGCAAGAAGAACAAGGACACGCCGGUGGACUCCCUGACCACGGUCAAGCCCUACAGCAAUGAGAUCCACGCCCAGGCCCAGCUGUGGCUCAAGAGGGAUCCCAAGGCCGCCUACGAGGUGUGGAAGAAGUGCCUCCUUGCCAGAGGCCUUGAAGCCAACGGGAAAUCUCCCGGGCGAACGGAGCUCCGCCACCUCUACCUGACGGAGAAGUACGCCUGGAAGUGGAAGCAGUUCAUGAGCAAGCGGGGGAAGAGGACCUGCCCCCUGGACCUCAAGCUGGGACACAACAAUUGGCUGCGGCUGGUCUUGUUCACCCCAGCAACCCAAGCAGCCCGGCAGGCAGCUUGCACCAUCGUGGAAGCCUUGGCCACCAUCCCCAGCCGCAAGCAGCAAGUCCUCGACCUGCUGACCAGCUACCUGGACGAGCUGAGCGUGGCGGGCGAGUGUGCCGCCGAGUACCUGGCCCUCUACCAGAAGCUCAUCAAGCCGGCCCGCUGGAAGGUCUACCUGGCGGCCAGGGGGGUCCUGCCUUAUGUCGGCAAUCUGAUCACCAAGGAAAUCGCCCGUCUCCUGGCCCUGGAGGAAGCCACCCUCAGCACCGACCUGCAGCAGGGCUACGCUCUCAAGAGCAUCACCGGCCUCCUGUCCUCCUUCGUGGAAGUCGAGUCCAUCAAGCGCCACUUCAAGAGCCGGCUGGUGGGGACGGUGCUCAACGGCUACCUCUGCUUGCGGAAACUGGUGGUGCAGCGCACCAAGCUGAUCGACGAGACCCAGGACAUGUUGCUGGAGAUGCUGGAAGACAUGACCACAGGCACAGAGUCCGAGACCAAGGCUUUCAUGGCCGUCUGCAUCGAAACCGCCAAACGCUACAGCCUGGACGACUACCGGACGCCCGUCUUCAUCUUCGAGAGACUCUGUAGCAUCAUCUACCCGGAGGAGAACGAAGUGACGGAGUUCUUCGUCACGCUGGAGAAGGACCCUCAGCAAGAGGAUUUCCUGCAGGGCCGGAUGCCCGGGAACCCCUACAGCAGCAACGAGCCGGGCAUCGGGCCGCUGAUGAGGGACAUCAAGAACAAGAUCUGCCAGGACUGCGACUUGGUGGCUCUGCUGGAAGACGACAGCGGGAUGGAGCUUCUGGUGAACAACAAGAUCAUCAGCUUGGAUCUCCCGGUGGCCGAAGUGUACAAGAAAGUCUGGUGCCCGACAAACGAGGGCGAGCCCAUGAGGAUAAUUUAUCGCAUGCGGGGCCUGUUGGGGGAUGCCACGGAAGAAUUCAUAGAAUCGCUGGAUUCCACUACAGAUGAAGAGGAGGACGAGGAAGAGGUGUACAAGAUGGCGGGAGUCAUGGCGCAAUGCGGCGGUCUGGGCUGCAUGCUGAACCGCUUGACCGGGAUCAAAGACUUCAAACAAGGCCGGCAUCUGCUGACGGUCCUGCUGAAGCUCUUCAGCUACUGCGUCAAAGUGAAGGUCAACCGCCAGCAGCUGGUGAAGUUGGAGAUGAACACGCUCAACGUCAUGCUGGGGACGCUGAACUUGGCUUUGGUGGCCGAGCAGGAAAGCAAGGACAGCGGAGGAGCGGCGGUGGCAGAACAAGUCCUCAGCAUCAUGGAGAUUAUCCUGGACGAGUCCAACGCGGAGCCGCUGAGUGAGGACAAGGGCAACCUGAUCCUGACGGGCGACAAGGACCAGCUGGUGAUGCUACUGGAUCAGAUCAACAGUACAUUUGUCCGCUCCAACCCCAGCGUGCUCCAGGGCCUCCUGCGCAUCAUCCCUUACCUGUCCUUCGGGGAGACGGAGAAGAUGGAGAUCCUGGUGGACCGUUUCAAGCCCUACUGCAGCUUCGACAAGUACGACGAAGAACACAGCGGCGACGAUAAAGUCUUUCUGGACUGUUUCUGCAAAAUUGCAGCUGGCAUCAAGAACAACAGCAACGGGCACCUGCUGAAGGACCUCAUCCUGCAGAGAGGGAUUACCCAGGGCGCCUUGGACUACAUGAAGAAGCAUAUCCCCAGCGCCAAGAAUUUGGAUGCCGAUGUGUGGAAGAAGUUUCUGUCUCGACCGGCCCUCCCGUUUAUCCUGCGGCUGCUCCGAGGACUCGCCACCCAGCAUCCGGCCACCCAGGCUCUGAUUGGGACCGAUUCGAUCUCCAACUUGCACAAGCUGGAGCAGGUCUCCAGUGACGAAGGCAUCGGGACGCUGGCCGAGAACCUCCUGGAAGCUCUGCGGGAGCACCCGGACGUCAACAAGAAGAUCGACGCGGCCCGCAGGGAGACACGGGCAGAGAAGAAGCGGAUGGCCAUGGCCAUGCGGCAGAAGGCCCUGGGCACCCUCGGCAUGACGACGAACGAAAAGGGUCAGGUGGUGACGAAGACGGCGCUGCUGAAGCAGAUGGAGGAGCUGAUCGAAGAGCCCGGCUUGACGUGCUGCAUCUGUCGGGAAGGCUACAAGUUCCAGCCCACCAAGGUCCUGGGCAUUUACACCUUCACCAAGCGGGUAGCCCUGGAGGAGUUUGAGAACAAGCCUCGGAAGCAACAGGGCUACAGCACCGUCUCCCACUUCAACAUCGUCCACUACGAUUGCCACCUGGCCGCGGUCAGGUUGGCGCGGGGUCGCGAGGAGUGGGAGAGCGCCGCCCUGCAGAACGCCAACACCAAAUGCAACGGCCUCCUGCCAGUCUGGGGGCCGCACGUCCCGGAAUCUGCCUUUGCCACCUGCUUGGCAAGGCACAACACUUACCUCCAGGAGUGUACGGGGCAGCGGGAGCCCACCUACCAGCUCAACGUGCACGACACCAAGCUGCUCUUCCUCCGGUUCGCCACGGAACAGUCGUUCAGCGUGGACACGGGCGGCGGCGGGCGGGAGAGCAACAUUCACCUGAUCCCCUACAUCAUUCACACAGUGCUUUACGUCCUCAACACGACGCGGGCGACCUCUCGAGAGGAGAAGAACCUGCAGAGCUUCCUGGAACAGCCGAAGGAGAAGUGGGUGGAGGGAGCCUUUGAGGUGGACGGCCCCCAUUACUACACCGUCUUGGCGCUUCACAUCCUGCCCCCCGAGCGGUGGAAGGCGGUGCACAUCGACAUCCUGAAGCGUCUGCUGGUCAUCUCCCACGCCCGGACGGUGUCCCCGGCGGGAGCCAGCAAGCUAACGGACAAAGCCGUGAAGGACUACGCGGCCUAUCGCUCCAGCCUCCUCUUCUGGGCCCUGGUUGAUCUCAUUUACAACAUGUUCAGAAAGGUGCCUACGAGCAACACAGAGGGGGGCUGGUCCUACUCUCUGGCCGAGUACAUCCGCCAGAACGACAUGCCCAUCUACGAGGCGGCCGACAGAGCCCUCAAGUCCUUCCAGGAGGAGUUCAUGCCCGCGGAGACCUUCUCAGAAUUCCUGGACGUGGCUGGAUUGUUAUCCGAAAUCUGCGACCCCGACGGCUUCCUCAAAGAUCUCUUCAACUCUCUUCCCUGAGCGGCCCCCGAAGAGAGACUGUUGGACUCCCGUUUCCUUCCCCCCAUUUUCUGCCUCCCUCCUCCCUCCCUUCUCAAGGAACGUUGCCGUCACUUUUUCCUCACCCACCCGUUCCUCGGCUUCUUCCUUCCUUCCUUCUCCUCCUCCUCGAACCCCAUUCCGGAGUGAUAUAGAUUUGGGCUGAUUUUCUUCCGGGCCCCCUUGGUCUUUGCUUCUCGGCGGCCUUCCACCUCGCCUCUCUCCAAGCCGGAAUGUGCAACGGACUCAUGGAACCCAAGCCUGGUCAAUUUUUUUUUUUUUUUCUGCUUCUAUGUGUGUGAUCAUUUUAUCGGUCAAUAAAUAAGUUAAAUACAGUCGGAAGGAAAGACA